GUGUGUGUUCCUGCCUGACAACGGGGCGUUCUUUGUGAACUAUGUCAUCGCGUCGGCGUUCAUCGGUAACGCCAUGGAUCUGCUGAGGAUCCCUGGUCUGCUCAUGUAUAUGACCCGGCUGUGUCUGGCUCGCUCUGCUGCCGAGAGACGCAACGUCAAGAGGCACCAGGCGUAUGAGUUCCAGUUCGGGGCGGCCUAUGCCUGGAUGAUGUGCGUCUUCACUGUGGUCAUGACAUACAGCAUCACCUGUCCAAUCAUCGUCCCCUUCGGUCUGAUGUACAUGCUGUUGAAGCACCUGGCAGAUCGCUACAACAUGUACUAUGCCUACCUUCCCUCCAAGCUGGACAAGAAGAUCCACUCUGGGGCCGUCAACCAGGUGGUGGCAGCACCUAUCCUCUGUCUCUUCUGGCUCCUGUUCUUCUCCACUCUCCGCACAGGUACGAGGUCGCCACCUAGUGGCCGUUCUGGGCCAUAA